UACAUAGCUUCACAAAUUCAUUACCGUAAAUUAGCUAGUGUGUGCAUAUAUAUAUUUAAAACAUCCAACACAAUUCGAGAAAUAUGGACAGAAACAAGCCACUCAGACUUAUUGGUCUCUCCAGUAUCAAGCCCGAAAAAAACCCGAAACUUACACUGAGCCGUCUAUAUCAACUGCCAGCACUAUGUCCCAUAGAAAAAUGCAUUGCCACGAUUUCCAAGGAUGAUAUGCUCCAACAUUUGGCCCAAUACCAUUUCCCAUCAAACGUGAAGAAGCAUAUGCAAGUGGCCUUCAACGGAGAACGCUGCACCCUGGUCUUUGAUGUUGCUCAGCUGAUUGGAGCGCAGACCAUAUGUCUGGGAGUUCUUCUUUACGGCGGCGCGCGUGGGAAGAAUAACCAAUUACCCGGAGAACGGGAAUUCUGUUAUCGGAAUAUAUUGAAGCCGGGCUCGGAGCUGGAAUCACUGACGGCCCAUCUGGCCAUCAUGGUGCUGGUGAAGAGGAUUACUUUCCUCUCGUGGGCAUUUGUGGACAGGAAUAUCGAAUCGGACGUAGAUCUUGGUGGUCAAAGUGUCCACAGUGGCCAAGAAAUUAACGAUCAAGAGAAGACCGUUAAAGCCGAGCAGGAAGAGAUUCUGGACUCAGACCUGUUGAUAAUUUGGACCCAAAGUGCACCCUGCAUCCGGCCACUCCACGUUGCCAUGACCGCAUUCAACCGCACUUUGACGGUUGGCCGGAGCGCCAUGCUUUCUGUGGCCAAUUCGGGCCGAAUGUAUACCGAACUCCGUGGCAAGGAUCUGCCCAAGGACCGGCAUGCCCUAUUGCUAACUCAGGCGGAUUUGAAGGAGAUAUGUGGCGCAGAACAUCAUCUCCAUCUCGAACUGAUCCUGAAUGAGUCUUCGGAAUAACCAGCAGCCUGAGAUUUCGUUAAUUUUACCUUAAAUACAUAUUAUAUUUGUUAAAGCGGAGUGGCAAAGGAAUGAGAAUGUCAUUCGGUGGGCAGGAGGAAAGGGGACACUUCGGAUAAAGGACUCUGCCGCCAAGAAGGAUCCUCUCCAGCAAGUCUCGCAUCCUUUAUGCACUGUCAUAUCGCAUACUUUACGGCUUUCAGGGCGAGUGCUUUGUACAAUUUGAAGUGAAUUUACAGCGCAACUUGCUUGUAUAAUGGCAUUUACUUUAUGCAAACACUGGCGAGGCACAGGAGUCCUCAAGGAGUCGUCCCGCAGCAGGAUUCAGCGACAACAACAACAACCAUUAUUGCCCCACUCAUUAAGGCAAGCUGCACUGCUCUGCACAGGACCUCCUGCUUAUUCGAAAGUAAUUAGCAUAAAAAUAA